GGCAGGUACAUAGUGAGCAGUUGUCUAGCAAUCUUCUGCCCCCAGCUUUAUCAAUGCAUCUUAAUUCAGAACCGGAGGGCCAACUUUCUCCAGUUACAGCUCCUGAUGUGUUUAUGUACAAUAAACAACUUGAACCCAUCACAGUGCCUCAGUAUCUUAUAUGAAUACAAGAGACAUGCGAUACGGUGUCAGAAUGAGAUCUGAAGUGAAGCAACUCACAAAACAUGAGGCACAUAGAAGUGGAGGAAUAUAAAUGAGCAAGUCACAAACAGGUCAGCUGUUAUUCAAAGAUUCUAACAUGGUUAACACAGGUGAAAUGAAUGGGUCAGGUAAUCUGAUGGACUUCUUAGAGGACCCACUCCCUGAUGUUGGGACUUAUGAGGAUUUUCAUACUAUUGACUGGCUGAGAGAGAAAUCCCGUGACACAGACAGACACAGGAAAAUCAUUCAGAAAAGUAAAGAAUCUAUGUGGGAACUUGUCAAGAGCCUACUGGACGCCUGGUCAGGAUGGGUGGUCAUGCUGUUUAUUGGCCUGAUGGCAGGAACAUUGGCUGGAGUUAUUGACUUAGCAGCAGACUGGAUGACAGACCUCAAAGAAGGGGUCUGCUUAACAGGAUUCUGGUUUAGCCAUGAACAAUGCUGCUGGACGUCAAAUGAAACCACCUUUGACAAUAGAGACAAAUGUCCCCAAUGGCAGAAGUGGUCAGAACUUCUUAUCAAUAAAGCAGAGGGUGCCAGUGCUUAUAUUUUAAACUACUUUCUUUACAUCCUGUGGGCUCUGACUUUUUCCUUUCUGGCAGUCUCCUUGGUUCGGGUUUUUGCACCUUAUGCUUGUGGAUCCGGCAUACCAGAGAUUAAAACCAUACUAAGUGGUUUUAUUAUUAGAGGCUACUUGGGGAAGUGGACAUUGCUAAUUAAAACAGUUACCCUGGUGUUAGUUGUUUCUUCAGGCUUAAGUCUUGGAAAGGAAGGACCUUUGGUGCAUGUUGCUUGCUGUUGUGGGAAUUUCUUCUGCAGUCUGUUCUCAAAGUACAGCAGAAAUGAAGGGAAGAGACGAGAGGUCCUGUCAGCUGCUUCUGCUGCUGGAGUAUCAGUUGCCUUUGGUGCACCAAUUGGUGGAGUUUUGUUCAGCUUGGAAGAGGUGAGCUACUACUUUCCCUUGAAGACUCUCUGGAGGUCGUUCUUUGCUGCACUGGUGGCAGCCUUUACUCUGCGAUCUAUCAAUCCAUAUGGCAACAGCAAACUGGUGCUGUUUUAUGUUGAGUACCAUACACCAUGGUACAUGGCUGAACUUGUACCUUUUAUUCUCCUAGGAGUUUUUGGUGGCCUUUGGGGGACUCUUUUCAUCAGAGGCAACAUUGCCUGGUGCAAAAAACGCAAGACAACAAAACUUGGAAAAUACCCUGUUCUAGAAGUUAUUGCAGUGACAGCAAUCACUGCUUUCAUUGCUUUCCCAAAUCCAUACACCAGGAGAAGUACAAGUGAACUGAUAUCAGAACUCUUCAAUGACUGCGGACCUCUGGAAUCUUCUCAGCUUUGUGACUAUGUUAAUGAUCCCAACAUGACUAGACCAGUUGAUGAUAUCCCAGACAGACCAGCUGGUCCUGGUGUCUACACAGCAAUGUGGCAGCUAUGUCUUGCCUUAAUAUUCAAGAUGGUCAUCACAAUAUUUACUUUUGGUAUGAAGAUUCCUUCAGGGUUGUUUAUCCCUAGUAUUGCAGUUGGUGCUAUUGCGGGCAGGGUAGUUGGAAUUGCAGUGGAACAAAUUGCCUACCACCAUCAUGACUGGAUUAUCUUUCGGAACUGGUGCAGACCUGGUGCAGACUGUGUCACUCCAGGGCUAUAUGCAAUGGUCGGGGCUGCAGCCUGCAUGGGUGGAGUCACCAGAAUGACUGUUUCUCUAGUUGUGAUCAUGUUUGAACUAACGGGAGGACUGGAGUACAUAGUACCGCUCAUGGCUGCUGUUGUGACGAGCAAAUGGGUGGCAGAUGCCUUUGGAAAGGAAGGCAUGUAUGAAGCACACAUACAUCUCAAUGGCUAUCCCUUCUUAGAUGCAAAGGAUGAGUUCACACACAGAACACUUGCAACUGAUGUCAUGAGACCUAGGCGCAGUGAUCCGCCCCUGUCCGUUCUCACACAAGACAGCAUGACAGUAGAAGAUAUAGAGGCACUAAUUAAGGAAACUGAUUACAAUGGAUUUCCAGUGGUGGUGUCAAAGGAUUCUGAACGGCUAAUUGGGUUUGCACAGAGGAAAGAUUUAAUUCUUGCAAUAAAAAAUGCAAGGCAGAGACAGGAUGGAGUAGUUAGUAACUCCAUAGUUUAUUUCACUGAAGAUCCUCCUCAGCUCUCUGCCAACAGCCCUCACCCUCUCAAACUGCGACGUAUUGUGAACCUCAGUCCAUUCACAGUGACUGACCAUACUCCCAUGGAGACAGUGGUAGAUCUCUUCCGUAAGCUCGGCCUUCGUCAGUGCCUUGUUACACGCAGUGGGCGACUUCUUGGCAUCAUAACCAAAAAGGAUGUGCUGAGACACAUGGCACAGAUGGCAAACCAGGACCCUGAAUCAAUUAUGUUCAAUUAAGCUGGGUGCCAGAUGCGAUGGUAUUCUAGAGAGGGCAUUGCCUCUGGAAUUGCUAAAUUAAGACUACUACAUGAAGAAUGCCACAGCAAGUGAACAAACUGCACUUUCCAUUUCGAAAAGGAGAGAAGCUGACUCAGCCCGGGGGGGUGUGGGCAUACUCGAAAGCCUGGAGCGGUGCAGUGCCUAGCAUAAUUAAAGGAUACCACAGGAUGACAUUUAAUGAAAUAGCAGGCAGGCCAGACAAAACCUUUUCACUGUUACAUAUGUCAAAAUACAUUUGAUCAAGAAACCAGAUGAGGAGAGUAAACAUCCCAGUGCCAGCGGACUGUGCAAAGUAAAAAGAAAUGUAUAUACAAGUUCUUAUGCAGAUAAUAUUUAUUUGAAAUAUAUUUGUAUUUAUUAUUUAUGCAGGCAUUAGAAACACGUUAAUUAAAUGAGAACUGGAAAGCUAAAUACUUUAUUUGCUUUCAGGAUGUUUAAAUGUGAGUGUUUUUCAUCAUGAUUACUUGUUUUGCAUCUUAUAUUCACUGUAUUAGAAGUUGUUAUAUAUUUUUGUCUUCAAAAGCAAUGAGACAGUGAUGCUGCAAACGUGAUUCUCCGUGAAACAGAAAUGCAAUGUCUUUUGCAAUAGCACUCUUAUAUAAAAUGUGUUUGGCCAUUUUAAUAUAAUAUUUAACGUGUUACUAGGGCAAAGGAACAUUAUAGUCUAUUACACAAUAUACAUAAAGUGAAUGCAAGUUUUAUUUAUUUUUAUUUUUAUUGAUUGUUAUUAAGAAUGUCUCAGUCUAAAUCUUCCCAAGUCUCUGAAAGAACAAAAAAGGAAAUGGUGGGUGCAUUUUAAUGAUGGGAAAUUAAUAGUGAUCUUUUUUCUUUUAUUAAAUAAAUUUUUUGAAUUUGGUAUGUUUAUUGCUUAA